AUGGGUCACGAACAUAAAAAGAAUAAGAAUCAAAGAGCUCGUAAAGAGGUAUCUUUGAUGUACGCAGAAAAGAGAGAUGAAGAGAUUAUAGAUCAAUUAAAGUUUGGUAAACCAGUUGAAGAGAAAUCAGAUAAACAAUUAUUCACUAUUAGUAAAACAGUUAAAGAAACACCAAAACUAUUAAAUAAAAGAGAACAAAAGAAAGAAUUGGCAAAAAAUAAAUUGACAAGAGCAGAGAAAAUAUUGUCAUCAAAUGACAAUGUAGAAGAGAUCUCAAAGAAUAAGAAUGUAACCACAAAUGUACUUUCGAGUGAAGAGAUUUUACUCACAAGAACCGUCAACAAUCUACAAAAGAAAAAGUCGCAACCAUACAGCAACGAAUACCUCCAAGACAUGAACAAACCAACACCAAACAAAAAAAAGCACAUGAUGAACGAGUUGGCCGGAAAGAACAAGAGAAAGACACAAGACUUGUGGGAGGAUGAACAGGAAAUCGACCAAAACAGCUAUCUACAUACCAAUGAAGAGGACGUCUACCAUCCCCGUCCAACUCACAACAAAUUGGUCAAGGCUUCCAAGUCUGUCGAAUUGCCAUCGGCCGGUAUGUCUUAUCGUCCCGUCCCACAAGAGCAUCAACAAACUCUCUACAAGGCUCUUCAAAUCGAAAAGAAGGCCGAAAGAUAUGUAAAGCAAGUCGAGCAAGGAUUGACCAUCCAAGAGAUGCCAGAAAAGAUCGUCAAGAAACUCAAGGUUGAUCUCCAACUCGAAAAGGAGAGAGACAUCAAGUUGGUACAAGAAAGAGAUCAAUUGCCAGUCAUCAAGACCAAGGAGGGUGUCAACAUGUCACUCGGUCAAAUGCUUUCCAUCAACGAUAUCAAGACCAAGAAGGAAAAGAAAAAGAGUAUGUCUCGUGCCAAGCAUCAAAGCGAUGUCUCUAGAAGAAAAAAGGAGGCCAAGAUGGCUCAAGACAUUGAUCACAUUGAAAAAAUCGUCAAAAAGAUCGAUCAACACGAACAACAAAUAGAAGCACAAAGAGCAGAUCGUGCCAAAACUAGAGAUGAAACUGCAAAGUCUACAAAGAAAGUUUCAAACGCUGUCGCCGAUACAAUCACUGAAGCAUUUUUAUUACCUUCUGAAUUACCUUCUACUUUAUCUGAACUUUCAAAUCCAACAUUCCAUCCACUCAAAGAUAGAUUACGUAGUUUCCAAAAGAGAAGUCUUGUCACCAAUCAAAUUCCAGGUGUUGCCAACAAGGCUCUAUUCUCACAUGUCAAAAAUUACGCUUACGACAACACAAGAGAAGCUGAAUGGAAAGAUGAAUCAGAACAAAAACAAAUAAAGGAGAGUCAUAGACCAAUAUUUACUCUUACUCACCUUUAA